AUAUUCAUAUCUACAACGAUUUCUCUCUCUCUCAAAUACAGAAGCGUAAAGCAAUGGCAUCAACAAAAGCAGCAGUUGCAAAGAAGGCUCCGUCUUCAACAAAGCCCAAGACCCACCCUACUUACGCAGAGAUGAUCAAGGAAGCGAUUGUGGCGUUGAAGGAGAGGACUGGGUCUAGCCAGUACGCCAUCGCGAAACAUAUCGAGGACAACAACAAGGAUUUGCCGGCGAAUUUCAAAAAGCUUAUGUCUGUUCAGUUGAAGAAACUUGCUGCAUCUGGAAAGCUUACCAAGGUAAAGAGCUCGUUUAAGCUUGGGGCUGUUGAGAAGAAGCCUACCGUGAAGAAAGCUCCAGCCGCCGCUAAAAAGGUCGCUGUUAAGAAAGCUCCGGUGGCGAAGAAGGCCGCAGCCCCUAAAGUGAAAGCCGUCGCUUCAGUGAAACCGAAGCCAAAGGCAAAGUCGAAGACACCUGUUAAAGCUAAGAAGGCUGUCAAGAAAGCCACUCCAGCGAAGAAAGCGAAAAGUAUCAAGUCGCCGGUGAAGAAAGUUGCAGUAAAGAAAACCGCUGCAAAGAAGGCCAAGAAGUGAGAUGGGUGUUUGCGUGAGAGAUUCUGUAAAUUUGUAGACUUCUUGGAUUGUUAGAGUAGGACUAAUACCAGUACUUCUACUAUUAUAAUGGUUUAUGGUUUUGAUGUUUUAUUUGAGUUCUAGGGUUUGUUUUUAAGGUGUAGUUUGUGAGAUGAUGAUGAUGU